CCAGCCCAACAACGGCAAUGGGAGAUUUCAAGCAAAGCUGCGGUGUCCUCUGCUCCACGAGCACACAGAGGAAGGGAAUAACAACUACACCUCCACUAACAAAGCACCUGGCACCCGACAAGAGGUUGUAAAAGGCAAAAACAGAGGAGGGAGCUCAGCAUCGUUAUGCAACCGCGUUAUCUAACGACCACAGAGACACCCUAUAGGGGCUCUUUGUUUGCAGAGGGAAGAAGAAAGAAAUACCACCAAUAUCUGAGUCACUGGUUCACCAAGAGGCUCUGAAGUUAUUUUCAGAUGGAAACUUUUCCAGUUUCACAUGAUAAUUUGGGAGGACUGGCUAACUCCUCAGCUCCACCCACCGCCUUGUAACACAGCUCCCUGCUGCUGUUGCAUAUAUAGAUAGGUAUGGCCCUACAACUCGGUGCAGACAGAAGAGCCUGGAGACAGAGGAAACCUAAACUUUCUUCCUUUCCAGCCGCCCUCCACCCACUCCCAACAUGAAGAGGGAAAUAUUAACUUUGGCCUUUGCCCGAGCCGUCUUCGUCGAGUUCAUCUCCACACUCAUCUUCGUCUUCAUCGGCCUCGGCUCAGCACUGAAGUGGCCAUCCGCGCUCCCCAGCAUCCUGCAGAUCUCGCUGGCCUUCGGCCUGGCCAUCGGCACACUGGUGCAGGCAUUUGGCCACAUCAGCGGCGCCCACAUCAACCCCGCGGUGACCAUUGCCUUCUUCGUCGGGAAUCAGAUCUCCUUCCUCCGGACACUCUUCUAUGUGAUUGCGCAGCUGGUCGGGGCCAUUGCUGGGGCUGGCAUCCUCUACGGCGUGACGCCAGCCAAUACCCGUGGCAACCUGGCCAUCAAUUCGCUCAACAACAACACAACCCCUGGCCAGGCAGUCGUGGUGGAGAUGAUUCUCACCUUCCAGCUGGCUGCCUGCAUCUUCGCAUCCACGGACAACAGGCGGAAUGGCAACGUGGGCUCCCCAGCGCUGUCCAUUGGGCUCUCCGUAGCCGUGGGCCAUUUGGUGGGGAUCUACUUCACUGGCUGCUCCAUGAACCCAGCGCGGUCCUUUGGGCCUGCAGUCAUCGUGAGGAAGUUCAGCUCCACGCACUGGGUGUUCUGGGUUGGGCCCAUACUUGGGGCUUGCUUGGCUGCUCUGCUGUACUUCUACAUCCUCGUCCCCUACUGCAUGAACAUGUCAGACAGGGUGGCCAUCGUCAAGGGCACCUACGAGUCAGAGGAGGAAUGGGAAGAACAGAGAGAGGAGAGGAAGAAAUCCAUGGAGUUGACUCCACCAUAGGAGCUAAUGGGAAAACCAAGCAGAACUGGAGGAAGAAACUUCACACAUAGACUCAUGUGUGCACAUGAACACAUCCAGCUACAGUAGACUCUUAAGCAAAAGCCUUCUAACCUCAAAGGCCACCCGUGACUAAGAAGGAACGGAGCAUUGCAGUGUGUGUAUAUAAUCCCUCUACGUGAGCGUGAGUGCUAGAAGCUCUCCCAGCUUUACUGCAGCCAGCUGAGCCCAGCAAAGGAGGUUGCCCACAGCCCUCCGUGAUGGUCCCACACCCAACAGCUGCUAAUCCCUGCCCUUCAAGCUGUGAGAUCUGCCACACAUUUGGCACACGCAGGAUCUCACCACUCGUUUGGUGGCCCAGGGGAUGGAAACACAGUGCAGACACCAGCAAAGAGGAACAACCACUUUGGACAGGUGGGCCCAGCAAGUCCCCCGCUCUCUCCCCAACUAUGCUGCUCAUAGAUGCUCUUUCACAUGUUAGCUGGUGCCGGUGCAUCCUGUUUAUUCAUGGCUGCAGAAAGAACGCAAUUAUUAUUUUAUUUUUUUUGAUU